AUGUUCCUUCAAAGCAGUAUUCCCUUCUCCGGAGAAUUCUCGGCGAGGGCUCCAAACACUGGACGUGGUAUUGAGACCCCCAGUGCUUUGUUAGGGAAGGACGCCAGGGUUUUGGGAUUUACAGAGGGCAUGGUUCUGACAGUUACAACUUCCCUAAAACUGGCGAAUAACCGUUGGUGGGCCGGCCAGUUAGGCCUCGCCGCCGGCCUCGGAGGCCCAAUCAAUGAACCGGCCUCCUCCGGCUCCUCCGGACCGAUCAAACUCGCCCAUGAAAUCAACAUCGGCCUCAAGGACUCCUUGGAUCCAAACCGCUCCGCCGCUGACGAUCAAGAUGACGAUAGAGUCGACAACGAAGACGAGCCUCGAGAAGGCGCCGUCGAAAUCGGCAAUCGCCGGCCACGUGGCCGUCCUCCAGGAUCCAAAAACAAACCCAAACCCCCUAUUUUCGUGACACGUGACAGCCCCAACGCUCUCCGCAGCCACGUCAUGGAAGUCGCCGGUGGUGCUGACGUCGCCGACUCUAUUGCUCAGUUCUCUCGCCGCCGUCAACGCGGCGUCUGUGUAUUAAGCGGCGCCGGCGCAGUUGCUAACGUUACUGGCGGCACCGGCGCUGUUGUAGCUCUUCACGGCCGGUUUGAAAUCCUUUCCUUAACCGGAACGUUUUUGCCCGGACCGGCGCCUCCCGGCUCAACCGGACUGACGGUUUAUCUCGCAGGAGGGCAGGGGCAGGUAGUCGGGGGCAGCGUCGUGGGUCAGUUGGUGGCGGCUGGGCCGGUUAUGGUAGUCGCGGCGACUUUCUCCAACGCAACUUAUGAGAGGCUGCCGUUAGAGGAAGAGGAAGAAGGAAAUGAAGGAGGCGGGCAGAUUCCUGGCAGGUCGCCGACGGGGUUGGGCAGCGGUGGAGGAUUAUCGGAGCAGUCAGGUAUGCCUAUCUUCAACCUUCCGCCUAAUCUGAUGCCAAAUGGUUCCGGGCAGCUGGUGGAUGCAUUCGGACCGUGGGCUCAUGGAAGACCAAACUUCUGAGAUUCUGAAGAGAGGAAAGAUUGAAGAAGAAAGAUGAGAAGAAGAAUAUUUGUAUAUGAAUUAUAUUGAUCAGUUAUCAAAUUAAGGGGGUGAGAGUUUUAAUUACUUUUUUUCUUUUAAUGUUUAGGAAUAAUGUGGAGUGCUUUGCAAUUAUAUAAGGUAUAUAGUGAGGGGGGGAUGGCUGACAUAUUGUAUGAUAUUGUGGGGAGUUUGUGAGUUGUUUAGGGAUGGAGAGGGAAUAAAAUUUUAGUUGGUGAAAGUUGGAUUUGUUUAUGUUUAAAAAUGGGAUUUUUAU